CAAAUCAGAAAUAAUAUAUACAUAUAUCAGGUUAUAACUACCAACAAUUUAACUUGGUUUUGAUGAUAAUGUAUACAGGCUUAACAGUAAUGGUAAUCUCAGUUUUGACACUGAUAAAGUCACUAACAAUGUAAACACUAACAGCAAUAAUAAUCAAACUAAUAUUCUUAGUAAUACAAAUGCUACCAUUAGUAGGCAGAAAAACAUUCAUAUCAAUACUAGUACUACCAAUAUCAAAGAUCCGCCAACCGUGUGGCUGAGUCACAUUUCAAUAGAGCAGUAACAGGUGAGUUUCUUAGGAGAAGCUACUACAAUUAGCAACUACGUAAUCAGAUCCCUAAACAGAAACAGGAUUCCACAGCUACGAACACUGACAUGCUGCUGGCAAGGUUGUUAAACAUAAUGUAAGAAUAUAUACAUUUAAUCAGAUAUCUUGACAUGGCUUAUCAAUUUCUAUUUACCAGUAACAGUAUUAGUCAACCAAAGGUACGGCUAGCCAAAAUGUGCACACAAUAACUGCAGUUUGGAUUGUCAACUCCAUAGUUGGCCACAAGUCCACCCAGGUUCACAAGGGGGGUGAACCUGGGAUGCCAGGUGUCACUGUUGAGCCCUCUGGAAGUGUCAUGGGCCUAUCAGAGAAACACCAAAGAAGGAGGGUGCCCACCUGAUGACCCCAGUGACGCUUCUACCCCUUCUACCCCAUUUUGUUUUACCUUUUGCUUGAUUUAGUCUGUUGUUAUUGUGCCUAACAAAGUCUUGCUCAAAGAUAAGUCUCGUUCUGAAUGGGAAUGAAUUAGUGAGCAGACUUUCAGUUUGUGUUUCAUUGCUCAAACUAAUUAUUUUAAUUUUUUAUAGAUAUGACAACCUUGCAGGUGAUGCACUUAUUUUAUUUUAUUUUUUUAAUUCUACAACUAUUUUACAUAAGUAACCCCUAUCUAUAAAAUCUAUUGAAAAGAACAAAUACUGAAGUUUUCUUCAUCAUAUUGGUUUCGACUGACUGGCUGUCAACAAACUGUGUUUUAAUUACCAAAGGACAACUGAUUGCUCCUAACUCCUGUAGAGCAUAGUAUCCAAAUGACAUCAUUACUGAUGAUUUGUAAGACUCAUCCAUCAUCCUAUUUUAUAUAAAGCCAUCAAACUGACUUCAAAACAUUUUCAAAGCUGAGACUGUAGUGUACUAUCUGAGGUAAGAAUGUAUAUGAUGCUGUCACACUUUAGUAGUGCAAUAUUAUAUGAUGUUUAUCAUGCUUUUGAACUGUGAAUAAUCACUUUUGUAACUCCUUAAUUGAGCAUAUCAUAUCUCUAAUGCAGUUCAAAACUAGAUGGUGUUUUAAGCAGUGAAACAUUGUUCAUUUGAAAGGAGAAAAAAGUACAAGUUUGCUGUAAUUCUAAAUGAUUAUUCAACAUCAUGUGGUAGAGUUUCUUAUCUAUUCACUCAAGCAUUUAUUGAUCUUAUUUUGAACUUGAUUGAAAAUUGGAUAUUUUAAUAGGCAAAUCAGAUAUUUUGUGUUCACACAAUGUACAUAAACAUUUAAUACCCAUGCAAGUGUUAAAGUUAUGUUUUUGGAUGGAAACAUUUAAGGAUGAAAGCUUUCACUUUAAACAGUCAGGAUACAUUGAUUUGUUGUACAUCAACUUCAUUCUCUGUGCAUAAUUGUUAAACAAGGUAUUCUGCUACUGUGAGAAAAAUAUAGAUGUAUGAAUAAGACAUUUGCAGUGCUAACCUAAACAUAACAUUAGAAUAUCUUGAAAUAUUCCUCUGUAACAGGGACUUGCAGGAUCCUAAAAUCAGCCCCAUGAAUUCCUCGUCUUAUGGCUAUAAUGUGUCGAGUGGUCUUAGUUAUCGAGACCCUUCAAGCUCAGCUGUGGUCAAAAAUGUGAUUGUUCUGGCUCUUGGCCUUACCAUCAACUAUAUCAAUGGUACCCUGAUUCACACCUUCAGAAAACACCAGAUCUUUUAUGUGAAUCCUCGUUACAUCUUAUUCAUCCACCUGGUGCUGAACGAUAUAAUCCAGCUUACCACAACAAUCAGCCUGUUUGUCUUCAGUUAUAUCUUCUACAAAAUUAAUGCUUCCUUCUGUUGCCUCAUUAUUACAUUUGCUGUUUUCACCACCCUCAACACCCCAUUAAAUUUAGCUGUUAUGGCAGUGGAGUGUUACAUUGCUAUUUGUUUACCACUGCGACAUGCUGAGCUCUGUACAAUCAAAAAGACAUAUAUUCUGAUUGGUUGGAUCUGGGCCAUGAGCGCAGUCUCGACACUGCCGGAUGUGUUUAUUAUUCUUGCAACAAAGCCUUUAUGGUUAUUCUAUUCCACAAUUUUCUGUGAGAGGGAUAACUUGUUCCAUCACCCCAUAAGUUUGAAAAAGAGGGAUGUGUCCUACAUAAUUUACCUAAUUGGUGUUUGGCUCACUCUCUUCUACACUUACUUUAAGAUUUUCUUUGCUGCUAAAGCAGCUAAAGAAGCUAAAUCAUCUGAUGGAGAUGCAAAGAAGGCCAGGAAUACAAUCCUGCUGCAUGGCUUUCAGCUACUCUUGUGUAUGCUAACCUAUGUAGCCCAUGAGUUAAAAAAAGCUCUGUUGUACUGGUUCCCUAAACAUUAUGUACAUGCACUCUUUGUUUGCUAUAUCAUCAUUCAGAUGCUCCCCAGGUUUAUCAGUCCAAUUGUGUACGGGCUCCGAGACAAAACUUUUAGACAGCACUUGAAAAAGUACCUGCUGUGUUCAGUGUGAGCAAGCAUUAGACCAUGGACUGCAGAGAAGGACCAGAUAACAUAAACUAGAUCUUAAACAAAGCAUUUACAGUCAUGAAUAACACUGAGGAAAAAUAGUGUAUUUAUAAUGACUUUUCAGUGCGAAAGUACACUAGAACACUGAGUAUACAACAUUGUAAAGUUUUUUAGAGUUUCUUAGAUUGUGCUCUCCUACUGAGCACUACAAUUACAGCAGUAUGAAAAUUCACUGCAUUAUCCAUGGUCAAAUGCUUCCAAAUUACUGAAACAUUGUUAUUUUAACAAUUUAAACAUGCGCCAUGGUAUGGCAUAUGUUAGGUAAAAUGAUAUUUACGGGUUUUACAAUAAAGUGAAAGAAUAAAAAGUGAUAGCAACAGUAAACUUCAGAGAAAAAAGACUGAAGCACACUGAUUGAUGUGCAGCCUUUAAUAGUUAGAACAGACAAACGUUUCAACACUUUUUCAGUGUUCCAGUCUUUUCUCUUUGAAGUUUACUGUCCCUGAUCUGAGAGACACCUGAUUCAGCUGCACAAUGCUGCAAAGAGGAUCCAUUUUCACUCACAAUAUUAGAAGAUUGCCUUUAUUUUUAAAAUGAUUCCUUUUCUUUUUACAUUUUCUAUUUACGUUAUAUCUGGUUGUUUUGCAGUGCAUCAGAAAUUAAAGACAUAUCUGUCUUAGUUUUGGCUGAAUCACUUACAUUCAAUCCCACACAGAAAAAUCACUAAGUGCUCUGACGUUUUGUUUACCUAUUUGCAUUAUUUAGCACAUUUGAAAAAAAGACAGCAAGACCAAGUGGAUCAUGUGUAAAUUGGUGGCACAGGCCUAAAGAAAUGUUUGUUAAUUUUGACAUUUAGUCUAAAACUACAUUGAUACAUUUGACCAAACUCUUGCUUUAUUUUUACUUUCUUGAAUGUCAGGUAGAAAAGUUGAUAGACAUAAUUGUGUCUUUGCUGAAAAGUUUUACUUUGAAAACUCCACAAAACAGUGUGUAUUGCUUUUGCACUGUUAUAUCAGUGGUGGAAAGUACUUAAGUACAUUUACACAAGUACUAUACUUAAGUACAGUUCUGAGG